AGAAAAUAUCUCUUCUUUUUCUUCUUCACUCUUCCAAUGGAUCGUCUUUUUCUCUUAUCUCUUCUCGCUUUCGCACUCUUCUCGUCGGCGAUUGCUUUCUCCGACGACGAUCCGUUGAUCCGGCAAGUCGUAUCGGAAAACGAUGACAACCAUAUGUUAAACGCCGAGCAUCACUUUUCACUUUUUAAGGCUAAGUUUGGAAAGAUCUAUGCUUCUCAAGAAGAACAUGACCAUAGAUUGAAGGUAUUCAAGGCUAAUCUUCGCCGUGCCAAGCGUCACCAGCUCCUUGACCCUUCCGCUGAGCACGGUAUUACGCAGUUCUCCGAUCUGACUCCAUCGGAGUUUCGCCGGACUUACCUUGGACUUAACAAGCCCCGACCUAAUCUUAACGCUGAGAAAGCUCCGAUCCUCCCGACUAAAGAUCUUCCAGCUGAUUUUGACUGGCGUGAGAAAGGAGCCGUCACCGAUGUUAAAAAUCAGGGCACAUGUGGAUCAUGCUGGUCAUUCAGUACGACUGGAGCAGUGGAAGGAGCUCACUUUUUGGCGACUGGAGAGCUGGUGAGCCUUAGUGAACAGCAGCUUGUGGACUGUGACCAUGAGUGUGACCCGGUGGAAAAAAAUGAUUGUGAUGCAGGUUGCGACGGUGGUCUUAUGACUAGUGCCUUUGAGUAUACCCUGAAAGCUGGAGGUCUCCAACUGGAGAAAGACUAUCCUUACACUGGAAAGAAUGGCAAAUGCCACUUUGACAAGAGCAAAAUUGCUGCUUCUGUAUCCAACUUCAGUGUUGUUGGUCUUGAUGAAGACCAAAUUGCUGCCAACCUGCUUAAACAUGGUCCUCUUGCAGUGGGGAUCAAUGCUGCUUGGAUGCAGACAUACGUUAGAGGAAUUUCAUGCCCAUUAAUUUGCCUCAAGCGUCAGGAUCAUGGUGUCCUCCUAGUUGGUUAUGGUUCUGAAGGUUUUGCACCUAUUCGUCUCAAGAAUAAGCCUUACUGGAUCAUCAAGAACUCUUGGGGAAAGACUUGGGGAGAACACGGAUAUUACAAGAUCUGCAGGGGUCACAAUAUCUGUGGAGUUGAUGCCAUGGUCUCUACCGUGACUGCCACACAUACUACUAAUCCUAAUCUUUAAGAUCAAUUUAUCCCAAGAAUGUUUGUCUGUGAACAAGGAUUUUACUGCCAUUACCCUAAUCUUUGUAAAUAUAUCGGUCAGUAAUGUAUUGUGAACUCAUGUCUUAGAUUUCAUCAGCACCUUAUUAUCGUGCCUCAAACCAUGUACACUGGGAUUUGUAUCUGUAGUUUAUACUGCAAAUAAUUGGAGUUUGAAUUUUUAAGUUAUUUGCAAU